GCCAGGGCAGACCAUCUACAGGCGAACCAUCUGUACCUUAGGCUCGCCAAGUUGCCCUCGUCAGCUUCCUCAAUCGCAUCACCUUUCCCUCAUCGUAAACUCAGCACAUUCCUCCUCGGCAUUACUAAUACAGCAUCGUCGGUACUCACUAGAAAUGCUGGGACAUAUCCACGAUACCGGCCUUUCUGUCAUCUAUGAGCCUGUCACUGGCCCCGCAGUAGUAGACAUUGUCAUCAUCCAUGGCCUGAAAGGGCAUCCGUUCAAGACAUGGACCGCAAGGAACGAACCUCGCCACCCAUCUCUAGCCACGCCUACUCUCCCCCAGUCAGAGUGCUCGGACACCGGCAAGGAGCGAGAAAAGAAAUUAUGGCACGGUCCGCUAGCAUGGAAGCCAUCAGGGAAAAGAGCGCCAGAAGACGAUGCACAAAUGCAAGUUGCCAAGCGAGUGAAGCGAAGUGAUAGCACAGGCCCUCCAGUGUUCUGGCCUUUUGACCUUCUCCCCCAAGAGUGCCCAAAGGCUCGCAUUCUUACAUACGGAUAUGACACGAAAAUCACAAAAUAUAUGGCUGGUGGGACCAAUAAAAGCAGCAUUUUCUCCCACAGCAAAGAUUUCAUGUUUGCGCUUAGCAGAGACAGAGUAUCCGACCGUCCCUUGCUAUUCGUUGCUCAUAGUCUUGGUGGGAUUGUUGUCAAAGAAAUGCUCGCCAGGUCGUCAAUAUCCACGGAAUCCAAUUUCAAAAACAUCGUCGAAUCUACUGCCGCCAUCAUCUUUCUAGGCACACCUCACCGAGGAAGUCCCGAUCUUUCAGCGCUGGGUGAAUGGGCUCGGUCUUUCCUCAGUAUUCUACGUAUGGAAACGACAUCGGCCAUCCUCGAUACUCUUGGCCUUAAAACAACAGAUCUAGAACGGGCCCAGGAAUCCUUCUCGGGACUUUGGCAGCAAUAUGACUUUCGGGUCAAGACAUUCCAAGAAGGCCUUAGUCUUAUGGGGGUUAACCUCGGUGUACUUGGAAACAAAGUCGUCCCUGACUCUUCCUCGUUGAUAGGAGAUCAACGUGAGCAUGCAGAGACUCUCCAGGCUAACCAUCUCGAUAUGUGUCGGUAUACCGGAGCUGACGAUCCAAAUUAUCUGAAAGUGGCAGGCGAGAUUCGUGCGAUCUAUCUCUCAAUCAUCGAUUUGAAUACUCGGAACAUUCAUCAGAAUGGAAGUUUACUACCUGGCGGAUCGCCGUCGAGUCCACCUGGAGAUGGACUCAAUGACAUGGAGAAAUCUUGUCUUGGGUCUCUGUGGUUUCCGAGGAUGAACAGUCGUUAUCAAAGCCUCGAGAGCCCUAUGGAAAAUACAUGCCGGUGGCUAUUUAAGCGUCAAAUAUACCGGAGGUGGUCGACAAAUUCCAAGCCCGAUGAACGUAACCGCAUUCUCUGGAUAAAAGGGAAGCCAGGGGCUGGAAAGUCAGUCUUGAUUAAAGAAGCUUUUCGUCGGACCUUAUUGGCAGAAGAGCGUUCGGGCUACUGCACUGCAGCCUACUUUUUCAGUGCGCAAGGCGAAGAGCUGGAGCAAACGGUUGUUGGCCUCCUUCGAUCAUUGCUCCACCAGCUUCUUCCGCACCAUCGGCACCAUCUCCCAGAGAUUUGCAGGAUGUGGAAACAAAAAUGGGGAUCGACUAAACUUGCAAACAUGGAUGUCCCUUGGGAAGAAGCUGAGCUGAAAUCUUUCUUCCGGAUGAUCUAUUCUCAUCGGCCAGUUAAGUCGACGGUGAUUUUCAUCGAUGCUCUCGAUGAGUGUGAUUCCAGUACCCUACGAAGCCAGAUUUUCUUCUGGAAGGACCUGACCAAAUCUGCUUUUGUUGCUGGGGUUGAUCUGAGAGUCUGCUUCUCAAGCAGACACUUUCCUGCCUUUUUUCUGGACUGUCCCACCGUCACCGUGGAAGAACACAAUAGGUUUGACCUUGAGAGAUACGUGAGGGAGAGGUUCAAAUACAGCAUUGCAGCCUCGAACCGAGAUUGGGGAAUGACAUUAAGACUUAGGAUCUUGUCAAAAUCCGCCGGUGUUUUUCUGUGGGUCAUUUUAGUGGUAGAUGCCACGAUAAUGAGAUGGGAAGAAGGUAAGGGACGUCUCGUCCUGCUCAGGCAGCUUGAUGAGGUACCACAAAGCCUUGGAGAAAUGUUCACGAUGAUGUUGAAGGACCUCAAGCCGGAGGCGAAACUUCUGACACUGCGACUAUUACAGUGGGCCACGCUAGCUGCCAAACCAUUUCGGCUUCAUGAGUGGCACCACAUCUUGGCCUUCAUCAAGCAACCGUUUCCCUCGUCUUUGGAUGAGUGGCGCAAGUCAGACGAGUACACUGAUAGCGACGACCAACUCGAGAGACAGAUCAAAAGUUUAUCAAGAGGGCUACUGCAAGUAAGUGCGGCAUCAGUCUUAGAAAAGCCGCAGGACAAGGUUAUCGAGACGAUAUCCGUAAAUGCAGGAGCGGGGUCCCUCGACCUUGAAAACGGAGAGACCAGAGUAAUUGAGGUUAUACACGAAUCUGUGCGACAAUUCUUUUUGCAGGGUGGUGGAUUUUCCAUAUUGGAUCCAGAUAUUGGACCAAGUGCCGUGGGUAUUGGGCAUCUCUCAAUCAUCAAUACCUGCUUGGACUACAUCAACAUUGUCGAACUAGAUGCUCUAGUCCAGGCGAGAAUUCUUGAUCAAAACCAAAACGGUACUUUGGCACCUAUUUUUACGUCGAGUGGAAAUAGAUCUGGGCCUUCCAGCCGCGAGUUAGGUAGUCCAGUGCGUCACGGCGAAGCGCAAGCUCGGAACUUUGGUGGAUUCCCCUGGCCGCCCGAUGCAGAACUCCAGAACUAUGGCACAAUCAUACCACUUCAUACAGCAGAGCACCGAGACGGUACAGACGCGAUAUUCACUUUUGAAUCACUCAGAGAGAUGUUCCCGUUGUCGGUCACAAUCGACAUUGAACACUGGACAACUACAACCCAAAAUAUGUACGACCAGGGCUUACAGGAGCUACGCAGUCGCAAUUCGUCAGCCCGCCAGUCAGUUACAGGCCAAUCCCAAAUGUUGCAGAGCUAUCCUGCCCUCCUCUCAUACGCUACUUUCCAGUUGUUCAACCACUUCCGACUUGCCCGAGCCCAAGGUGUCGAUAUCAAAUCGGCCCUGGCCAGACUCGGGAGAUCAGAUACAUGGGCGCGGUGGGUAGCUCUCAAGGAAGAUAUUCCUCAGGGGCUUGGGCUAGCCGAAUAUGCUACCAAGUAUGAGGACUUGCCUUUGCCCCACAAUUUUGAGAUUUUCGCCCCAUUAUAUCUCACCCCUCUUCAACGAGUCGACAUGAACGGAGCGCACACUACGGGGGAUUGGCAAUACAGUUUUCCCACAGGAGAAAGCCACGGUAUGAUCUUGGACCCCCCAGAGUCUCCAAGAGUCGAAGAUGUCUGGAGGAAAAACUUGUCGGGUACAUAUCAGACUCCGCAGGCCGCAGCGGCCCACAGAAGAUCAGGUAGUGUUGCAAGUUUUAGCUCUGCAGGCAGCCAUUCGAGGCUCCCCAGAUCUCCCAUCAUCCCAAGGGGAGACGACUAGGACAGUAGACACUCAUCGAUGGAUUAAUUGCACGGAAUGCAAACCAUGGGAAUUGGGAGGUUUAAGUUGACAGGAAUGAUUUACCACACUUCACUCAACCCGCUAAUGACAAUCACAAUCUUCUUCAUAACCCAGCAUAAAGCCGGAACCAUAAUGAAAACAGGUGGUAAAUCAAAAAUUCCGCCCCCCAUGGCCCCGAAGGACAAUGAAGCUUGGAACGACUCCGCGAUGUGCAAUGCAGGCCUUCCAAGCUGAACCCCCCAAUUGAUGAGCUGGGGAGUUCGG